AUGGAGCAAAACCAUGUAACUAUUUUUCAUGAACAUCGAGUGGUUGGCUUGAUUGUCUUCUCGAUAUCUAUCAUCGGGUCCAUCGGCAACACCUUAGUGGCCACUUCCUUUCGACGUCUUCCGUCAAUGCAGAACUCCUUUGGACGAAUGGUCGCAAGUCAGUCAACAGGCGAGGCUGUGCUGUGCUAUAUUUUCGCUUUUUAUUACUCACCUAUGCAAUAUCGAAUCUAUGAGAGUUGUUUCCAAGUAUUUUGGUUUCAUACUCUUAAUCUGUUACGAUAUCUGUAUAUUUUCGCAUUUAUUUAUUGCAUUGAACAGAAUGUGCGCUAUUUGUAUGCCAUUACGCUACGGCUCAUAUUUCAACCCAUUUUUCACGAAAUUAUCAAUUGUUAUAUCAUGGGGAAUGGCAAUUAUUAUCGCAAUUGUAUUGUACAUAUAUCUCACCUUAUUUUCCUUAAACGACAUUACCAGCCCAAUUCACAUAGGGAACAGGUAGCAAUCAAGCGUGGAAAUGUAUCACUCUAUGGCCGUGCCAAUGUUACCGGAAGAAAACUGCAGAAGGACUGUAUUCAUGCUGAACUGGAGUGCAAAUUUAUAGCUAUGUACAUAGACUUGUUCAAGGACGUAUGCAUUGUGGUCAUUAUUGCUGUUGUGGAUAUAAUAACUAUAUUUAAAGUGCAUCUACUUAAUGUUCAUAUGCGGAAAACUGGCACAAUAGAUGGUGCGCAACGGCGGAACAAGGAAAUUAAUUUUUUGAAGCAGGUGAAGAAGCAGUGA